CAGUCAGCAUAAAGCAAGGAGUUUAAUGAUGGAGAAGCAUAGUUUGCCCAAUCUGAUUGUUCUGCUUCUAAACUUGGGAGCUUUGGUCACUUGUCUUGCAUGUCCUGAAUGUCCCCGUCCAACUCCGCCGCCAAAUUGUCCUCCGAAUCUUCCACCAAAACAUCCCCCCAUUGUGAAGCCACCAUUUCACCCUAAACCACCAAAACAUCACCCGACGUCGCCUCCCUAUGUACCGAAACCUCCCGUCGUUGUCAAUCCUCCACCACCUUACUAUCCAAAGCCACCCGUUGUGAAGCCGCCAACGCCACUGAAGCCUCCCGUCUAUCCGAGCCCUCCAAUUGUGAAGCCACCAUCUCCAAAGCCUCCCGUCUACCCGAGUCCGCCAAUUGUGAAGCCACCAACUCCAAAGCCUCCCGUCUACCCGAGUCCGCCAAUUGUGAAGCCACCAACUCCAAAGCCUCCCGUCUACCCGAGUCCGCCAAUUGUGAAACCACCAACUCCAAAGCCUCCCGUAUACCCGAGUCCUCCAAUUGUGAAGCCACCAACUCCAAAGCCUCCCGUAUACCCUAGUCCUCCCGUCGUGAAGCCGCCUCCAGUGGAGACCCCUUGUCCGCCGCCACCACCAUCACCCAUGCUAUAUCCACCACCUCCGGCGAAGCAAACAUGCCCCAUUGACAGUCUCAAGCUAGGUGCGUGUGUUGACGUGUUAGGUGGCCUAGUGCACAUCGGUAUAGGCAGCAGCGCAAAGGACACAUGUUGCCCGUUGCUUCAAGGGCUGCUGGACUUGGAUGCCGCUAUUUGUCUUUGCACCACGAUCAAGGCCAAGCUUUUGAACAUCAAUAUUAUAAUACCGAUUGGGCUUCAGGUCCUCAUCGAUUGUGGCAAGACUCCACCUCCAGGAUUCCAGUGUCCAGCAUAAGCAUGGAGUAGCAAUUUUUGGACGAAAUAAAAUCAUGUUCAUCUCAUAACAAGAUGUUGUAACUGUAGAAAAUUUGGAGUUUCCACAUGAAGAUAUGUCGAUACAUGACAAGAUGUGGGAUUUUUUUUGCUUU